AUGGAUGGGAGGAUGAUAGAGGCUGCCCAAACAGGAGAUAUUAACCUCUUGUAUGAGUUGAUUCUGAAUGAUCCAUAUGUUUUACAGCGUAUUGAUGAUGUGCCUUUUUUUCAUACUCCAUUGCAUGUGGCUGCCUCUGCUGGGCAUAUUGAAUUUAUCAUGGAGAUGAUCAACUUAAAGCCCUCGUUUGCAAGAAAGCUAAACCAAGCUGGGUUUAGCCCCUUGCACUUGGCUCUGCAGAAUAACAGAACCCAAGGAGUGCUUCAACUCCUCAAGUUUGACAAUGGCCUUGUUCGUGUCAAAGGGAGGGAGGGUUUCACUCCUCUGCACCAUGUGAUUCAAACUGGAGAUGUUAAUCUUUUGAUAAAAUUCCUCGAGGUUUGUCCCGAGGCCAUAAAAGAUGUGACUGUUCGAAACGAGACGGUUUUCCAUCUUGCAGUAAAAAGCGAUAUGUUUGAAGCUUUCCAAGUCCUGGUGGGGUGGCUUGUAAGAAGCCGCCAUGAGUCUGCCCAACGUUGGGAGAAUGAACUACUGAGUUGGGCAGACAUUGAUGGCAACACUGUGCUACACAUUGCAGCUAUCAGAAACAGACCUCGGGUGGUGAAAGUAUUGCUGGGACACCUGCGUCGAGACCAAAUCAAUGCCAAAAAUUUGGAGGGAUUAACAGCUCUAGAUAUCCAAUCACAAUACCCAUGGAAUGAAAGGCAAGCGGAUAGGAUAAUAGAUAUGCUAAGAAAAGCAGGAGGUUUGAGUGCUUCCUCUCCCUCGCUUCCCAGUACCUCCACUUCAGUCUACAUCAAAUCUUUAAAAGACAAGACGUCAUGGCAUCAAAAAUGGGCAACAAGAGCUGGUCGAGGAAUGAAGCGUAUGCCACAUGAGAUGCGUAACACAUUUCUAGUAGUGACGGUGCUAAUUAUAACAACCACUUUCGAAGCCUCUUUAAACCCUCCAAAUAAGCCUGAUAACAGCUCAUCCAUGAAAUACCAAGUCUCUUUAAGUCAAGAUCAGCCGCCUCUCAAUUACCACACAUUUUGGCACAAAACCGACUUCAAUACUGCACCCAUACCCAGUCCCUCCGCAAUGGACGUUUCCAAAAAAGAUGAUGGGACAUCUGAAUACUCCUUGUUUUGCUUCGCUUGUACGAUUGCAGUUAAUGUUUCAUGUUUCCAGUUGAGUGGAUCCGUCGAAUCUAAAUGCCAAAAGCGUAAUGAAGUUUUGGGGUUUGUAUUAGUGAUGGUGAUGGAGUAG